CAACAUUCAUCCACUUCAAGUUAUCCUUCUUUUGGAUUUCACGACUGCUUGAAACGAUAUAUGAGCCUUGCCAGUAUGACCUUGAUUUGCCUUCCAAGUUCCCGUUUGGCACCAGACUUAGACAAGAACAGGAAGGAGAGAAUUAUUAAGAGAAGCCAGGAAUCCUACAGCAACCUCGUUUUCAGACCAGACAGGAAACCUAGAAAACCCCAGCAGAAUACACCAAACCAAAACCCAAAACCCAAAACCCCUAGAAGCCUGGUAUCACCCUCCCCCAAACACUGUCAUUGGUGUCAAUCUCCCAUGCACCCUCUUUUUUUCAUUACAACCACCGAUUCCAACGAAUGAAAUCAACCCUGAUCCAUCAUAAUCCCAACCUCAGGUGAUCCCCCAGGCUCCUCCCCUUGACUCUCACCCUGCAGCCCGCUCAUAACCACACCCGCACCAGCACUAGCACUCCCCAACCCAGGUCCAGCCCCCAUUCCACCGACACCACCACCACCACCGGAAGCAGCUCCGGACCCCC